CUGUAAGCCCAAAGUUCCUUGUGUUGUGUACUUUGGUUCCUAUGGAGAUGUAAGGAAGUACUGACCUUCAGCCAAUCCUGCAGCAGUUUUGCAUUUCAUACGGCAGGUCUCUAGUGGCUUCUUCACGGGCCAGAAACGAUAUUCUACUGAGGAAGAAGAGUCUCUCUUCUGUUUCUAGGCCUUUAAGCAUGGCUGUAUGAAGUGUGUAGCUGCAGCGCUAUUAGCCACGGAAGAUCUACAAUGACCACAGCUGACACAAUACAUGCAUCACACAGUGUUAAAGAAUGGCAUUUGGAAAGCUUAGGGUUGCUUGCAGGAGGCACAAAGAGCCUGGAUCAAAAUCAGACUACAGAAAUUUUGAAGACACGGUUCAGUACUUGGACACCUAUUGAAAACAAAUCUCUUAACAAUCAGCUCUUUCAGGAAAGAGUCAGACUGAUAAGUCACUGGUUUGACCUGUGGACGGACAAGCAGCGCAAGCAGUUUCUCCAUGGCAUAUUGAUCAAGUGCAAUAAGUCACAACUGAAGUUUGCUGAAAGAUGGUUUGUAGAGAAUAUCCCAGUGACCAAAGUGGAUUUCACCACUGUAUUGCCACGUUUCAUAUCUUUGUACAUAUUCUCCUUUCUCAACGCUAAGGACCUUUGUGCAGCGGCCCAAGUCAGCUGGCAUUGGAAGUUUUUAAGUGAACAGGAUUGUCUGUGGAUGCCGAAAUGCAUUAUGUUUGGAUGGUUUCUACCAUACUUUCCUGAAAAAAAUGAGUAUAGUGCUUGGAAACAACAUUAUAUUGCUUGUGCAGCUGACCUGGAUUACUUAACUCCGAGGGAAGUUGCUGGGUCUUAUGGAACACUGAGUGAACCUAAACCAGAAAAUGAAGACCAAAAAGAAAAACUACGUGAAAGAUGUCUGCGGAAAAUUAUGAGAGAGAGAUUGACUGUAUGCAAAAAGGAAUUAAUCAAAGCUCGUCCACCUUGGAACUCGGGAUUUUACAGAUCUGGAUUUCAACCAAAGUUGCCCCAGACUGUCCAUGACCGAGUUAGAUCAGCAGCAGCAUUGUUUCUGAUGAAGAAUGGAACACCUUCCCCGAAGGAAAUGCUCUUCAAACAUAUUUCUGCAGAUGCUAAAUCUGUGCCAUGCAUUGGUCUGGAAGCUGAGACACUUCCAAAAAGAAAGAACGCUGCUGGCAGCUGCUCUGAUCUUGUCUUACCUCACAGACUUCAUCGGACUGUUUUACAAAAGGACCCUAAUGAAACACAUUCCCCUCAGCUACGUCUUCUCUUGAUAUCAUCCCAUAUUCCUGCUUAUGAGAUGAUUGUGGACAGUAUUAAGCCUGGAGUGAUUCCUAUAGUAUAUGAUCAUAGUGGCACAACCUUGGAAAGCCUCCUUUAUUAUGUAGGAAAGGCCUUGGAUGGCCAAACGGCAAAGAGUAUUGGGAUUAUUACUGAUGGAGACUCCAGAGGGAUUAACCUGCUUCAAGGCUGUAGCGUCAGUACCAAGAACCUUCUUAAACCUGAGGUGAAAGAAUUUUGGGCAAAGUUAAGAAGCUGUGUGAUGCAUCAGGAAGGUGGUUAUAUAGACAUCUUUGUCCCUCUGGCAGCUUCAGAGGCAGGAAUGGAGGUCCUUUCCCAGCUGUCUCAUCUAACUGGACUGUUUUUCCGAACUCCUGCAGGAAUAGCAACCGGAUCAUAUCAACACAUUCUCAGUGAGUGGUUGGGAAACCAGAAAGAUAGUCCUCCUCCCCCAUCCAUCUACUUCACUGAAGCAAAACUGCAAUUGUGGCUAAGAUUCACAGAAUUGCUGGAAGAUGCACUGAAGGCUGUCAGGAAAAACCUGAGACCCUAUUUUUGUGAUUUGCAGAAGAACAUGACUGGCAAGAUUCUUGGUCAAAUUAUGUUUGAUGCUGUGAGCUGGUCAGAUGUUCAAGAAAAGCAAAGAAUAGCCGAGGUUUUGGUUGAAGGAUUAGUUGAACUCUCAAGAGGAAAUGAUGAAAAUCCUUUUGAAUUUCUAUCACGCUUCCUGAUGAGGAAAUAUAAUAAAAAGGAAGAACUCAAAAGCCAGGUUCUGACAACCGAAAGCAAUCCAGAAGCAAGCCUUGGUGUGUCAGUUAAGACCAGCAAACUUGAUAAAGAGAUAGCAGAGAAGCGCAAAAGCUUGGCCAGAGAACUUCUCUUAAGUGAGAGGAACUAUGUGAACAUGCUGGAAAUUGUACGAGAUGUUUAUGUUAAACCACUAAAGGCCGCGCUGGCCUCACAUCGAAUCAUCCUAAGCUAUGCCAAUGUUCAGACCAUCUUCUCUGAUAUCUUGAACAUCCUACAACUGAAUAGGUGGUUUUCAGAUGAGUUAACACAAAGACUUAAUGAAUGGAACCCAGCCCAAAAAUUAGGAGACCUGUUCAUUCAAUUUUGCCAGCAACUUCAAACAUACACAAACUUCUUCAACAAUUAUGCAGUAAUUCUGAAAACUAUAGACAAGUGCAGGGAGACUAUUCCAGUAUUCCGUGCCUUUCUGAAGAGACAUGACAAGACUGUUGCUACUACUAUGAGAAGCCUCCAAGAAUUUCUGUUGUGCCCAUCUAAGAGGAUUGAAGAGUACGUCACGCUCCUGUAUGCUCUGAGGCUUCACACUCCUCCAGAACACACUGACCGUGAAGAGCUGACUCCUGCAAUUAAGCAAAUGAAACAGUUCAAGGAUUACUUAGAUCAGCUAAAACUGAAUGUUGGCAGAGAUGAUCAGAUAUUAACUACACAAAGACGUAUCCAAGGAUGUCCUAAGUUACUGAAAGCCAAUAGGUAUCUAAUUGCGAUGCAAGAUGUAGCCCAGCUAAACUGCUGCUCAGAGAGAGUCCAUAUGCCAUUCAGGCUGUAUGAGCACACCCAUGAUCUUAGCCUCUUCCUUUUCAACGAUAUACUUGUUAUCUCACAGCGCAGCAUCUCUUACAAACCAUUCGAACGCAUCUCACAUGUUACUCACCAAUUCUUGGCAGUGGUAACACUUCAUCAACUCCUGGUUGAAGAUAUUCCAGAUUCCAAAUAUAUCAAGAAUGCUUUUCUUCUGCAAAGUCCCAGGUGUCAAAUGAUUUGUUCUACAGAGGACCAUGACAAGUUUACAUGGCUUUCUGCACUGCAAAGGGCAAUUAUCUGCAAUAUUGAAGAUAAUGUAAAUUGUUCUUAAAAUUUCCCAGCUUUAUUUACUACCUCACCUUCCUGCCGCUUGUAACUGUCAUGCAGCUCCCAAAAGAAAAAGGUAACCGUUCAGUGUCUACAACAGACAUGGGGAAAUCAGGCUGACCAAGGGCCUCAUUUGGCCAGUGAGGCUGUUUCCCUGAUACUUCAUGUCAUGGGUGAUGUCUGGUGAGGGCCAAAUGGACACAAAACUGCCAACACACAAUCCGGAGCCUUAACAGUGCACUCCUGAUUGCAUCUUGGUAAGGGAAGCUUGCCGAGAGCAAGCCAGCUGGGAUUGGUUGUGCUACUGAGUUCCCCCCAUUGAGAAUUUUGUAGAUAGUAGUGCAUCAGUAGAAAACAAAGGUGACAGGUGAUGACUUCAAAGCUGCUGGGAUCAGCUGUGUAGCUGCCCCUUGCAGAAAGUGGAGCUUGAAGUCAGCACUGAUCAGAUGAUUGGUGGAAACUUCAAACCCUGUUUAGGCUUGUAGCAUGGGGGAAGCCAGAGAUCCAGAUGGCUAGACCUAGUUCCCUGCCCCUGCCUACAGUAAAGCACAUUUGCUGUGACUUAGUAUCUCUUCUUGCUGUACAGUCGAUAGAAAUUGUUAGUGUGUUGUUAGAUGUCUAUUAAUGCAUGCAGUUACAAACGUUUAUUCUUUCUCACCCUUUGCUUUGAGUCUCUUUCCUGCUUUGACCCAUACCAUGAAUUUUGUAUUUGACUUAUUCCUAAUGUUUGAUUUAGGGUGAUAAAUCUCCCGUAGCACAUGAGUGGACUUCCCUUUCUACUCAGCUCCAUACACCACCAAAAUCUACUCUGGAGGGGAAGGGGAGAAAUCCUGUUGUGUGAGUGUUAAGUUUGUUCUGCUGGCUGGGCAAGCCAAUUGGCCAACAUGGUGGCCAAAGUAGUC